AUGGCCGCGCGGGCGCCCAUGCCGGUUCCCGGCCUGCGGAGAUCGUCCGCGCUGCAGUGCGAGUCCGCGGCGCGCCGGCUGGGGCGAUCGGGACGGGGCCGCGUGGGUCAGGUUCGCGCACAGCUCCCGGACUCGUCGGACAACGCGUUCACGAAGACCGCGCAGAAGGCACUCGAGGUCAAUCUGCAUCCAGAAUGGUAUGGCACGUUUGCUGAGAUUGGUGCUGGCCAGGAAGUGGCGAGGUGGUUCUUCAGGGUUGGAGGAGCUGCGGGCACGGUUGCCAAAUCGGUGUCCGCCUAUGACAUGACGGUCUCGGACAGCAUGUAUGGUGCAUGUGCAAGGUACGUGACGAAAGAGAGGUUGGAGGCCAUGCUGGACUAUGAGUACCUGCAAUGCAGCUUGACGCUGAGGAAGAACAAGGGACACAACACCCAGUUCUUUGCGUUUGCUGACACCGUUGUGGCAAAAGCAUACAAGCGGGACAAUGAAUGCCAUGGAUGGCUGGGCAUCAAGUUCCAAAUGAAUCCAGGGGAAGAGCCUUGCAGGAUCAUGGUUCACUGCCGCAUGCUGGAGGACAGUGCCUCUGCGCAGCAGGUGUCUCUGGGCGUGCUGGGAGUCAAUCUGCUCCACUCUGCAUUCAUCGAGCGGGACCCCAUGAAGAUUGUGAAGGCCCUGUCUGAUGAUGUUGGGCCAGAGAAGAUCGAGAUUGACGUUGUUGACUUCAGUGGGCCCCAGUUCAAGGAUGUUGACGAGCGCCUGGUUGCCCUGAGGCUAGUGCAGAAUGGGCAGACAGAUGCUGCCAUUUUCUCUGGAUCGGGCAAGCUCAUGAUACCUCAGGAGGCCCUCAGGAAAAUGAAUGUCCUCCUUUUGAGAGGAAGGUUCAAGCCAUUCACAUUGCUGCACAAUGACAUGCUCAUGGGUGCUGCUUCCCAGUUCUUCUGCAGCACCUUCGAUGAAGAGAUCACAAACCUUGACGCCAAAGACUACUGUGUGCAGCGAGAUGACACACAGGUGAUCCUUGAGAUGACCACCAAUGAUAUGUUGGAGAGUGGCGACCUCUUGGACUGGACAUCAGAGACAGGACUAGACGAGUCCGCAUUUCUCCAGCGCAUGGAGGCCCUCAACAAACUUGGCUACAUCGUCAUGCUCUCCAGCUACCAGCGCUACUUCAGCCUGGCGGCCUACCUGCGCCGCUACACCAACGAGGCCAUCUGCAUCGCCCUGGGGCCCAACGCCCUCAGGCAGCUCUUCCGCGAGAGGUACUACCGCGACCUGCCUGGCGGCAUCCUGGAGAACUUCGGUCGGUUGUUGCGGUACGAUUUGAAACUGUAUGUGUACCCCACCCUGGACCCGGCCACAGGCACCCUGGUGCAUGCAAGGAACCUGCGGGUGGACCCUGAGGUCCAGCUGCUGUAUGACUACAUCUUGACUCGUGGCGCCAUCGUGCCGAUCACGAUGUACGACGAGUCGUUGCUGUCUGAGGGGGACGUUUCGAAACGGGUGGUGGAGAGCAUUAGGGCGGGCACGUCGGAUUGGGAGAAUCUGGUGCCGAAGUAUGUGGCUGAGCAGAUAAGGGACCAGAGGCUGUGGGGCUACCGGCCACCCUCGGAGCUGAAGGCGCCGUCUCUGUUCAAGAACGAAAGGGGAGCAGAAGUGGGCAAGACUGAGGUCACGGUGUGA